AUCGAGGGGCGGCGCUCGAGGGCGCGGGAGGCGGGAGAGGUUGCCGCGCCGGGUGCCCUGGCAGCCGCAGCCCCGCCCCGCUGCGUCCGGCCCGGUCCUGUCCCGCAGCGUCCCGCCAGCCAGCUUCUUGCACCCUUCCCGGUCGAGGCGCUCUCCGGUGCUCCCCGCGCAGCCAUGGCUCAGCACUUCUCCCUGGCCGCCUGCGACGUGGUCGGAUUCGACCUGGACCACACUCUGUGUCGCUACAACCUGCCCGAGAGCGCCCGGCUCAUUUAUAAUAGCUUUGCCCAGUUCCUAGUUAAGGAGAAAGGGUACGAUAAGGAAUUGCUCAAUGUGACCCCAGAGGAUUGGGAUUUCUGUUGCAAAGGUUUGGCAUUGGAUCUAGAAGAUGGGAACUUCCUUAAACUUGCAAAUAAUGGCACUGUUCUUAGGGCAAGCCAUGGCACCAAGAUGAUGACUCCAGAGGUGCUGGCAGAGGCAUAUGGCAAGAAAGAGUGGAAGCACUUCUUGUCGGACACUGGAAUGGCUUGCCGCUCAGGAAAGUAUUACUUUUACGACAACUACUUUGACCUGCCAGGAGCUCUUCUGUGUGCCAGGGUGGUGGACUAUUUAACAAAACAGAACAAUGGUCAAAAAACAUUUGAUUUUUGGAAGGAUAUAGUUGCUGCUAUACAACACAAUUAUAAAAUGUCAGCUUUUAAGGAAAACUGUGGAAUAUAUUUUCCAGAAAUAAAAAGAGAUCCAGGCAGAUAUUUACACAGUUGUCCUGAAUCUGUGAAAAAAUGGCUUCGACAGCUAAAGAAUGCUGGGAAAAUUCUUCUGUUAAUUACCAGUUCUCACAGUGAUUACUGUAGACUUCUCUGCGAAUAUAUCCUUGGGAAUGAUUUUACAGACCUUUUUGACAUUGUGAUUACAAAUGCAUUGAAGCCUGGUUUCUUCUCCCACUUACCAAGUCAGAGACCUUUCCGAACACUCGAGAAUGAUGAGGAGCAAGAGGCGCUGCCAUCUCUGGAUAAACCUGGCUGGUACUCACAAGGGAACGCUGUCCACCUCUAUGAACUUCUGAAGAAAAUGACUGGCAAACCUGAACCCAAGGUUGUUUAUUUUGGUGACAGCAUGCAUUCAGAUAUUUUCCCAGCUCGUCACUAUAGUAAUUGGGAGACAGUCCUCAUCCUGGAAGAACUCAGAGGGGAUGAAGGCGCGAGGAGUCAGAGGCCUGAGGAGUCAGAGCCUCUAGAGAAGAAAGGAAAAUAUGAGGGACCAAAAGCAAAGCCUUUAAAUACUUCAUCUAAAAAAUGGGGCUCUUUUUUUAUUGAUUCAGUUUUGGGACUGGAAAAUACAGAAGACUCCUUGGUUUAUACAUGGUCUUGUAAGAGAAUCAGUACUUACAGCACUAUUGCAAUUCCAAGUAUUGAAGCAAUCGCAGAAUUACCUCUGGACUACAAAUUUACAAGAUUCUCUUCAAGCAAUUCAAAAACAGCUGGCUACUAUCCAAAUCCUCCACUGGUCUUAUCAAGUGAUGAGACACUGAUAUCCAAAUAAGUUGUCUUUACUGAAAAAUGAAGUGAACACCCAUAUACGCAGUUAAAAAAAAAGUUAAUUUUCAAAAAAUACUGUAAAAGACUUUAAAGAAUGAGUUUUAUUGACCAGUAAGUUGAUAUUUGUCCAUAGGUCUCCUUUCUAUAAAUGAUCUUGAUGUUUAACAACUCUUAUUAUAUUAAAAUCUCAGUAUCCUAAAA